AUGGUCCGACACGCGCCAGGAACGACUCUAAAUCCCCAUCUCCCGUGGAAGGUUUUGUGGCUCAUGAGGGUGCUUGUGGAAUUCUCAUUGUCACAGGAAAUUUACGCGCCCCAUUCCAUUCGAACCGAGGGACACCUGACCCUGGGGGGGCUCUUCCCGGUCCACUCGCGGGGUCCCGACGGGGAACCGUGUGGAGAUAUCAAAACGGAGAACGGAAUCCAUCGCCUAGAGGCUAUGAUGUACGCGUUGGACCAAAUUAACAGUGACGACCAACUUUUGCCAAAUAUUACCCUAGGCGCGCGGAUUUUGGACACCUGCUCCCGGGAUACGUAUGCGCUCGAGCAGUCCCUUACUUUCGUUCAAGCUCUGAUUCAGAAAGACACAUCUGAUGUAAAAUGCACGAACGGAGAGGCGCCAGUGUUUGUCAAACCGGAGAAAGUGAUAAGCGUUAUCGGGGCUUCGGCCAGCUCUGUGUCCAUAAUGGUGGCAAAUAUACUGCGCUUAUUUCAGAUUCCUCAGGUCAGCUACGCAUCCACGGCUCCAGAGCUGAGUGACGAUCGGCGUUACGAUUUCUUCUCACGGGUGGUUCCUCCAGACUCGUUUCAGGCCCAGGCCAUGGUGGACAUACUGCGGGCGCUGGGCUGGAGCUACGUGUCCACCGUGGCGUCAGAAGGGAGCUACGGCGAGAAGGGGGUGGAGACCUUUACCCAGCUCUCCAAAAGUGCUGGUGGCAUCUGCAUAGCCCAGUCCCUAAAAAUCCCCCACAAUCCCAAACCAGAAGAUUAUGACAAGACCAUUCAGCAGCUUCUGGAAACACAACAUGCCCGAGCUGUGGUAAUCUUCGCUAAUGAGGAGGACAUACGGGAAAUCCUGAAUGCCACAAAAAGAGCCAAUCAGACGGGGCACUUCCUGUGGAUCGGGUCGGACAGCUGGGGAACUAAAAACAGCCCUAUCCUGCAGUUAGAAGAUGUUGCAGAAGGAGCUAUCACCAUUCUACCCAAACGCUCUACAAUCAAAGGAUUUGAUGAAUACUUCACAUCUCUCACACUAGAGAAUAAUCGCAGGAAUGUGUGGUUUGCUGAGUUUUGGGAGGAAAACUUUGACUGUAAGCUUCUGACCUCCUCUAAACGAGAGGACACCAGUCGCAAGUGCACAGGUCAGGAGAGGAUUGGGGUAGACUCGCGGUAUGAGCAGGAGGGGAAAGUACAGUUUGUGAUAGAUGCAGUGUAUUCCGUGGCUCAUGCCUUACACAGCAUGCACAGGGACCUGUGUGGAGAUCACCAUGGAGUCUGCCCAGAGAUGGACAAAGCACCGGGCAAGGUCCUGCUCAAGUACAUUCGCAACGCCACCUUCAAUGGCAGCGCCGGGACAACAGUUAUGUUUGACAAGAACGGUGAUGCUCCAGGCCGUUAUGACCUUUUCCAAGUUCAGAGUGACAACUCCUCCUCUCUUCCAGAGUACCAUCUGAUUGGCCAGUGGAUGGACUUUCUCCAUCUAAAGAUGGAGGAUCUGCGGUGGGGUGCUGAAGAUGUCCCAGUGCCCGUCUCUGUGUGUAGCCUGCCAUGUCAGACUGGAGAGCGUAAAAAAUACGUGAAAGGCAUGCCCUGUUGUUGGCAUUGCCACUUAUGCGACGGUUACCAGUACCAACACGAUGAGACCUCCUGCCGCUUGUGUGCCUAUGACAUGCGCCCAAACCUCAACCGCACGGCCUGUGAACCCGUUCCCGUGGUAACACUGGAGUGGGGCUCCCCCUGGGCUGUACUCCCUGUUUUGCUGGCCUUGCUUGGCAUCAUUGCCACUGUCUUCGUCAUGGCAACCUUCGUGCGAUUCAAUGACACCCCCAUUGUUCGAGCAUCGGGUCGGGAACUGAGCUAUGUCCUGCUGACUGGGAUCUUCCUGUGCUACAUCAGCACCUUCCUGAUGAUCGCCACGCCCGACCCGGGCGUUUGCGCCCUGCGUCGAGUGUUCCUGGGUUUGGGGAUGUGCAUCAGUUACGCCGCUCUUCUCACCAAAACUAACCGCAUCUACCGCAUCUUUGAGCAGGGCAAGCGUUUGGUGACUGCCCCACGUUUCAUCAGCCCCUCCUCCCAGAUCGCCAUCACCUCCACACUCAUCUCGGUGCAGCUUCUGGGGGUCUUGCUCUGGUUUGCUGUGGAUCCCCCGGACACAUUUGUGGACUAUGAGGAGCAGAAGGCAGUGGAUCCCGCAAGGGCGGUUGGUGUGCUGAAGUGUGACAUCACCGACCUGCAGAUUAUCUGUUCGUUGGGUUACAGUAUCCUUCUGGUGGUCACCUGUACCGUCUAUGCCAUCAAAACGCGAGGUGUACCUGAGGACUUUAAUGAGGCCAAGCCCAUUGGCCUGACCAUGUACACCACCUGCAUCAUCUGGCUGGCCUUCAUCCCCAUCUUUUUCGGCACUGCCCAGUCGGCUGAGAAGCUCUACGUCCAGACGGCCACACUUACCAUCUCCAUGAGCCUGAGCGCGUCAGUUGCUCUAGGGAUGCUCUACAUGCCCAAGGUCUACAUCAUCAUUUUUCACCCGGAGCUGAAUGUGCCCAAACGGAAACGCAGCUUCAAGGCCGUGGUGACAGCAGCCACCAUGUCGUCCAGACUCAACCUCAAACCCAGCGAGAGACCCAACGGGGAGGCCAAGACCGAGCUAUGUGACAAAGUACCGACUGACCCCAUGAGUCAAUCCACAAAGAAAACAUACGUGAGUUAUAACAAUAUCAAGACCUGA